GUGAAGCUCGGGAGCCAGCACGCCGAGGGGGGUCCUCUCGUUUUUACAAAGCGCCCGGCGGUGUACCGCUCAGAAGCGCUGCGGACGCCGGACAGAGCGCUCGUGUCGCGUUUUUAACACGAUACCAACAAUUUUCCGCGAAUUUCAAUCGCACCUAAAUUCUAACUUUAAGUAAACUUGUAGCCUAAGCGAGGCCUAAUCUACUCUAGUUUAAUAAUUAAUAAGUGAAUUUUCUAACAUUGAAUUAGUGUGACUUGUAAACGAACGGUCUAAUAUUGUGAUAAAAUUGUAAAAAAAAAACAAGACAAAGAUACAUGUCUUCAGUUAUGUAAGCUGAGAUCGUAGCGAGUGGUCAGAUACUGUUUCGCUCAAAAUGCAAGCGAUGAGCGCUAACGCAAGCGCUCCCAGAGCACCCCAGCGCUCUCCAUUCGCCAUCCAAGAGCUGCUAGGUCUCUCCGAUAACCGCGAGAGCAGAGAGAGAUACUUCGAGAGCCGAGAUGGAGAUAGAGUACUCAAUUUAUCUGAGAGCAGAGAGCCCCGGUCGGCUUACACUCCUCAGUUUCCUCUGCCGGCCUCUGUUGCGAGUCGCGUGGCCUAUGCAGCAGCUUUCAAUGCUCAAGCCGCAGUAGCCGCAGCCUUCCUCCCGGGUCCUCCAUUACUGCAUCAUCCACCAGGAUUCCCGCAGAUCAAGUCUCCUUAUAGUCCGACUUCGCAGCCGCAUCUGACAGCAGUCCGACAAUUUUACACAGGCGUGUCUUCUUUGGAAGCGGCAAAAGACUUCACGGUAGACGGCCUCACAGGAUACAAUGGGAAGAAGAAGAAGAAAAAACGAAGACAUAGCAGGACGAUCUUCACCUCCUAUCAGCUGGACGAACUGGAGAAGGCCUUCAAAGACGCUCACUACCCCGACGUAUACGCAAGAGAAAUGCUGUCCUUGAAAACCGACCUGCCCGAAGAUCGGAUCCAGGUCUGGUUCCAAAACCGUCGAGCGAAAUGGCGCAAAACUGAGAAGUGCUGGGGUCGGUCCACCAUAAUGGCCGAAUACGGACUGUACGGCGCGAUGGUGCGACAUUCCCUCCCGCUACCGGAGACCAUCCUCAACAGCGCCAAGGAAAACGAUUCGGUCGCGCCGUGGCUGCUCGGAAUGCACCGAAAAUCGAUAGAGGCAGCUCGUCACCUCAAGGAAUCAGGGUCGGAACGGGAGGGAUCUGAACCGGAAGCGGACAGGGCCACGUCUACUUCUCCACAUCCUCACGAAAAUCAGGCGCAAAGCUCUCCAGCGAGCAGUACUACUGCAUCAUCGUCGGCUAGGGGUCGAGCGUCGCCCGACCCAGCGCGCGACGACCCCGACGCCUUCCGCAACAACAGCAUCGCCUGUCUGCGGGCCAAGGCGCAAGAGCACCAGGCUAGAAUACUCUCCAAUAACUUACUUAUGCAGGUCCGCGGCCUAACACGCACUCCGAUCAGCACUCCUAAUGCGGAAGAUGACGGUCCCGGAGACAUAGACGUGGGCACGGAGCAACCACUGGAUACCACGGCCCAUCCCGCGCAUUUGUAUUGACAGACCUAUUGACAGCUCAACGUAAUGACAUAUUGACGCGCUGGUUUGACAUAAUCAAAGAUGUCGGCGACGGAGUCCACAUUGACGCGGAUCAAAAGAGCGCUCUUGAUUUUUAUUUUACUAUAAUAAUAAACGUUAUUUUUAGUAUGUACGAAACUUUGUGUGUUCAAGAUCGUUGAUAGAAUUCGUAACAAAGUUGUAUAUAAAUACUCCACUGAUAGAGCUGUCUACAUAAACAGAGUGAAAUCCUUGUCUACAGUUUAUCGAGUCGAGUCUGCACAAUGUUAUGCGAAAAAACAUAACUGCAUAUUCAAUUAUGCACAACUAUGCGAGUGCACGAUGAAAUGCAUUCGCGCUCUAUGCGCGAUUUUUUGUUACGAAAAUUCUACCAUCGAUUCUUCUAAGAGCUUUAGCACAUACCUACUAUAAAUAACGUAAGUGUAUUAUAAAUUUCAGCACGCGAUAAAAAGUCCAUGUUCUCUGUCUUUGGUUAUAUUAUUGUAUAAACUGCAAUUCACUCCACUGUAACAACUAACAGUCCGCAUGACCAGCGCCUUUCAAACUUCGGAUUCAACUCAAGUGUAAUUAUGUAAAUUAUUGUUACGCGUAUUUAAAUGAAUCCUCUUCGUGCAAUACAUUUAGUUAAGUAUUUAUCUGCAGUAGGAUUGAGAUAGGAUUGUAUAAAGUUUCCAGUUCUUAGAUUAUUUGGCGAGUCGACGUGGGAACGAUUCGGAGUCUAAAGCAUGAUUUAAAUGACAGUUAAUAAGUUUGACAGAUGUCUUAAUGUGUCAUGACAUUACCACAGAUUCAGAAAACGGGCGAUUCAAACAUUUAUUUUGUUUAAGAAUCGCUUAGCAUUUAUUUUAUUUUUUAUGACUCUUUUUUA